AUGAAGAUACCCUUCCCGUUAGCUAGACUGAGGAACAUAGGGAUCAUUGCUCAUAUCGAUGCUGGGAAAACGACCACUACCGAGAGAUUGCUGUAUUAUGCAGGGAAGAUCUCAAGAUUCGGAGAUGUUCAUACAGGUGAUACGAUAACUGAUUUCUUGCCCCAGGAACGUGCUAGAGGGAUCACUAUUCAAAAUGCCACCGUAUCUUUGCCCUGGAAUAAACAUGUCAUCAACCUGAUUGAUACGCCAGGUCAUAUGGAUUUCUUUUACGAAGUUAUGAGAGCUCUAAAGGUCUUGGAUGGAUGUGUCGUAGUUAUGGAUGCUGUGGCAGGUGUGCAAUCUCAGACAGAAACCUGUUGGAAGUUUGCAAGGAAAGUCCCUAAGAUUUGUUUCAUUAAUAAGAUGGAUAGGGUCGGAGCUGGCUAUAGUAGGACUUUAAUGGAAUUGAUUUGGAAAUUGAACUCAAGGGUUGUAUUAGUUAAUAUUCCUAUCUUCAAAAAAACUCAAGAUGGAGAUUCCUUCUGUGGUGUAUUAGAUAUCGUAAACCAGAAAGUCAUGAAAUGGGAUUUGAAUGAUCCUGAAAAGAUUGAUAUUUCAGAUGUCCUUGACUCCGAAAAUGAUUCUCUAAUUGAACAAUAUACCAAAUGUAGACAAUCAAUGGUGGAUACUUUGAGUUUGUUUGAUGACGUGUUGGUAAAAUCAUUUCUUGAACAUGCUGAUGGUGAUUAUCUGAAACUAGAUUCGAAAACUUUAAAUGAAUCGAUAAGGAAAGCUACUAUACAAAAUCAAGUGACACCAAUAGUUUGUGGAUCCUCCUUUAAGAAUAUUGGUGUUCAGCCACUAUUAGAUUCGAUUAUAAAUUAUUUACCAUCGCCGUUGGAGGCUGUAUUUCCGGAUGUUAAUAAGGAUGUGAUCAAAGGCCCAAUGAAGAGAGACGAUAAAUUGGGAAUAUUAUUUAAUGAAAACAAGGAUUUGUGUGCUGCAUUGGCAUUUAAGAUUAUUCAUGACCCUAUUCGUGGUACCAUGGUAUUUGUCAGAAUCUAUUCAGGUAUAUUGAAAAAUGGUCACACAGUUCAUAACACUACCACUGGGAAAAGUUUUAAAAUCGGAAAAUUAGUUAGAAUGAACGCUAAUAUCCCUGAGGAAAUCACACACCUAAAUGCCGGCGAAAUUGGUGUUAUUACAGGAUCAACGAUAUCUGAAAAUAUUAGUACUGGAGAUACAUUAAUAUCACACUCAAUAAAAAAAGAUGGUUUGAAAACACUGUCUAGAAAACCCGAAUUUAAUCUCAAGAUAAACCCCAUGAUAACACCACCCCCCGUUUUCACGGUGUCGAUCGAACCCAGAACUUUGGGGAAUAAAAAAUCAAUGGAAGAUGCAUUGCAUAUCUUAACCGUAGAAGACCCAAGCUUACAUGUAUCCCAUGAUGCUGAGUCAGGUCAGAUAUUGUUAAGUGGGAUGGGUGAAUUACAUUUACAGAUAGCAAAGAAUAGAUUGCUAAACGAAUUGAAUGCUGAAGUAGAAGUUGGGAAAGUGAUGGUAUCCUACAAGGAGAUAAUAAAUAAGGGUUCUAACGAGAUCACAAUCCAAAAUGAGAAUGGAUAUAAAUUUACAAUCAAUGUCUCACCUAUUGAAGAGGAAAAAUUGGCAAGUCUUCUCUCAGAAGAUGGAAGUAACCUAGUGACGGAAAAUGAAACAUGGUAUCCAUUAGGAUCUGAUAACAAUUACCUUGUAAUGGAGAAAAAUAUAAAAUACGCAUUGGAGAAGGAAUGGCCCUUACAGUUGUCAUAUGAAUCAAUUGUCAAUUCGUUAAUUUCCAGUUCUGUUGUGGUCUUACAGCAUGGGGGAAAAAGAAGAAAUUUUCCAUUGUACAGCUGUGCUGUAAAAGUAAAAGGUGAUUGGGAAAUUCCAAUUGACACUACCUCCCCUAUGGAAAUAUUAUCCAUUUCACGUAGUAUUUUGUCCAAGACAUUAACUGAUCUUCCUGAAGAAGAAUAUUCCGUACUUGAGCCCUCAAUGAACUUGAAAGUUUUAGUGAACCAAAAGGAUAUGGGUCCAGUAAUUCAAGACUUGACAGGAGCAAGAAGCUGCACGAUCUUAUCAAUUGAAGAAGAUUCUCUUACCAAAGAUGAAAAUGCUGUAGAGUUUCAAAAAAUUGCACACGAUCAGUAUCUACCGCCAGAUUCCACUUUAAAUAUGGCUCGCUUGGAAAAUGACGAUAUAAGUAAAAAAGUCAUCAAUGCUACUGCUCCAUUGAAGGCGAUGAUGGCAUAUUCAAAUAAACUAAGAAGUUUGACUCAAGGAAGAGGCGAAUUUUACAUGACUUACAGAGGUAUGGAAAAACUUACUCAGGAUAGAAUGAAUUCAUUAGAUGACGCAUAA